AUGUAUCUAAGUGUUGCUGAAACCGCCGCUAAUCUCAACAGCGUUCAAUCUGCUGACAAUUUUAUCUUCAGGCCACGCAGAGACGAUUUCGGUGACAGGCCACGUGGUCGCGAUAGAGACAAUCGCGGAGGCCGACAUGACGACAGACGUCGAGAUGACUUCAGAAGUAACGAUCGAGAUGACCGAGAUAGAUUCCAGAGGAAAGACGACAGACGAGAUUACGGUGGUCCAAGAAGAGACUAUCGCGGUGGUGGUGGACCCAGACGCGGUGGACCAGAUAGAGGAGGUGAUAGAGAUCGUGGGGGCAGGAGAAGGGAUGAUAGGAGAGAUAGAGAUGAUCGCUCUACGUGGGAUGUGAGACCCAGUGCUGAAGAAGUGGCAAAGCAGAAGAAGCUGUUAUGGGGAUCGAAACCAGCGCCAGCUGCCAGUGGAGAGACUAGUGGUGCAGGCGCUGAAGCGCACGAUGAAGUUGUAGAUAAGAAUGCUGGAUUGUGGUCAAGUGCUAUCACGGCUAGUGGAGUCGCUGGUGAACAAGCGAACAAGUUCUUGAAGCUUAUGGGCAUAAAACAUGCUCCACCCGUAGACCCGAGUACGACCGACAGCAAACGACUCCAAGAAGAAAGCGAGAAGCAGAAGAAAAUGAUGCGUGACUUGGACCGGCAAUAUGAGAUAGCUCGUGAAACGACACAUAUGGGACGAGGUCUUGGUCUAGGAUUCCAUCAACAGUAA